AGUAGAGAGAGAGAGAGAGAGAGAUAGAGGAGGGAUCUGGAGAGCUCUAGAGAGGCGGAUCGCGGAAAAGGAAGGCAUUUACGCGCUGCAGAGGAACAGAAUGAUGAAGGCGGCGGGUUUGUGCGCGGCGGCGGCGGCGCUCGCGCUGCUGUCGGUGGUGCUGUCGGUGUCGGGCGCGCGCGCGGCGGCGCCACCGGUGAUGGACGGCGGAGACAUCUCGUUCGAGUAUCACCGCUACGAGGAGAUGCGCAAAGCUCUGGUGUCCGUGUGGCUGCAGUGUCCGUCCAUUGCGCGCAUCUACACGGUGGGAGAGAGCUUCGAGGGCCGCGAACUGCUCGUCCUGGAGAUGAGCGACAACCCGGGCGUCCACGAGCCUGGUGAGCCAGAGUUUAAGUACAUUGGGAACAUGCAUGGCAAUGAAGCGGUCGGCAGGGAGCUGUUGAUCUAUCUGGCUCAGUAUCUGUGUAAUGAGUAUCAACAGGGCAACGACACAAUCAUCAACCUGAUCCACUCCACCCGCAUCCACAUCAUGCCCUCCAUGAACCCCGACGGCUUUGAGAAAGCCGCCUCACAGUCUGGUGAGAUGAAGGACUGGUUUGUGGGGCGCAGCAACGCUCAGGGUAUCGAUCUGAACCGGAACUUUCCGGAUCUGGAUCGUAUCAUCUACAUGAAUGAGAGAGACGGAGGAGCGAACAACCACCUGCUGAAAAACAUGAAGAAGGCCGUAGAUGAAAAUACUAAGCUCGCUCCUGAGACGAAGGCAGUGAUUCACUGGAUUAUGGACAUCCCAUUUGUCCUGUCAGCCAACCUCCAUGGAGGAGAUGUGGUGGCCAAUUAUCCAUACGAUGAAACCAGAAGUGGAUCUACUCAUGAGUACAGCGCCAGCCCUGAUGACUUGGUGUUUAAGAGCUUGGCGAAGGCGUACUCCAGCUACAACCCGGUGAUGUCAGACCCUAAUCGAGCACCAUGCCGCAAAAAUGAUGAUGACUCGAGUUUCAAAGAGGGCAUCACUAAUGGAGGGGCCUGGUACAGUGUGCCUGGAGGCAUGCAGGACUUUAACUAUCUGAGCAGCAACUGUUUUGAAAUCACACUGGAGUUGAGCUGUGACAAGUUUCCACUGGAAAACACCCUCAAAAUGUACUGGAACCAGAACCGCAACUCCCUCAUCAACUAUAUCGCCCAGGUUCAUCGUGGAGUCACAGGGUUUGUCCAUGAUCAUCAGGGAAAUCCCAUCUCCAAUGCGUCCAUUUCUGUGGAUGGCAUUGACCAUGACAUUACCUCAGCUAAGGAUGGUGAUUAUUGGCGCUUAUUGGCUCCUGGGAACUAUAAAGUUUCAGCCUCAGCUCCUGGAUAUCUUACAGUGACCAAGAAAGUGGCUGUUCCACACAGCCCUGCUGUUCGGCUCGAUUUUGAGUUGGAGUCCUUGGAGGAACGGAAGGAGGAAGAGAAGGAGGAGCUUAUGGAUUGGUGGAAGAUGAUGUCGGAGACCCUGAAUUUCUAAAUUGUGAUUCCAGAGCAGUCAGUCGCUGAUUUGACUGAGCAUCCUGGAUGUAAAGUAUUUACUCGAUGUUGUAUGUGUGCUCAUUUACAUUAGAGUAGCUUUUUUAGGGGCACUACUUGUGGAUGAAAAUGCUUAACUUGGCGACACGAACUUGGAACGCUGAGUUCUUCUGUACAAGAAUGUGUACCAGGAGAGAAGGAAGAUGAAAACUCACGUUUCAGUUUGUCGAAUCAAAAGCCCUAAUGUAUUGAUGGUUUCUUUUCUGCAAAUAGUGAUGGGCAUUUAGCUUAUAGGUGUUGUUUGCAAUAAUUUAAUUAUCACCUGCCUGUGUAUGUGUGUGUGUGUGUGUGUGUGUGUGUGUGUGUGUGUGUGUCCACACAUAUAUACACACACACACAGAUAGUAAAUAAAGCAAAUGGUGUACUCUUCUAUCUUUCAUUUUCAACAUUGUUGUUGUAAGACACUUUGAUCACCAACCACCCAACCAACCAGGAAGCACUGCGUUGUGAAUGAAUGUAUGUCAAAAAUGAAUUUUAUUCGUUUAAUCACUAUUAAUAACGAAAGGAACGAAUUAAGACCGACGCCAACGUAGACGACUCUACAUCGUAUUUAUGCUUUCCAUCUUUUCUGUUGAAACAUUGUUCUGUGAAUGUUUUUGUUGUUGUUGUUGUUGUUGUUCUUGAUGUUGUUAUAGGUGUUGUUAUUGCUAUUUUAAAACAAGUUGCAUCAGUCUAGUUUUAUGAUAUUAAAUAUUUAAUAUAAAUGAAUUCUAGGGAAUGUUCAAGAGCUUCUUAGAGAACUCUUUUAUUCUUAGAGCUAUAUAAGAAAUAAUUCUAUUCGAGCUAUAAACUGGUUAUGAUGUAUAUUCUUAAAUUUAAUGGAACAGACAGCGAUGGCACAAAUGUAACGAUUUUGUAAACAGUACCACAAUGCACAAGUGUGACACAGAUACCAAGCUACAGUCUUUAUUUAAUAAACACUAUAACUCUGAA